AUGGAUUCCAAUUUGCUAAUUGAUGAUGGACAUAGAGCAAAAUUAAUAGAUAAAAUACCAUGGUUGGCAGACGUCUCUCAGAAUAGCAACUAUUCCAAUGUGGAGUUACUAUCAACUAUGAAAUAUGAUCCCAGCUUGAUAAGGAUGACGCGUAAAGGGGAAUAUGAAUGGGCUUUUCCAAUUACCAAGCUAUCAACAUUUAAAUAUCUCGACGAGAAUAAAUUCCAAACUCAGGUGUAUUCCUGGCUUGAGGACACUCAACAAGUAACCACGACAACCUAUCAUGACGACAUUAAAAAGGCGAUUGAAGAACUUGUAACUAGUGGCAAGACUAUUGAAAUUAAUGAUGAUGACAACUCAUUAUAUUACUUGUACUAUUUUCGGUUUCUAUUGCUAGGGGAACAGUUUGUAAGGUUAAAGUUGGCAGCGAGUAUAUUUAGGCGCAAUUUUCGUCUUACACUGAGGGAGUUUAUUAAUAAUCUGGUCAAUGCAAUUUAUCUGGAUAUUUAUAGUAAUGAGCAGAUACCUAACGAUCCCAUUGAUAAGUUGAAGCGACUUCUGGAUGACACUAGAACAUACAAAAUGAGGGUUUUACUUAAAGGCGAUAAUUCUCUGGAAUUUCAAGCACAUCAUCUUGGUGUAAGUGAUAAUGGGCCCACUGCAGAGAAACUACUAUUUGGUGAAAUAUUAACAUUUAAUACAGCAGCGGGUUCAGAUGAUUUAUGGGACGUUAUCGUCGAUUCAGAGCCUACACCCUGUAGUAUUUUAACAUCGCUGAAAACUACAAGUAGAGAUCAUUAUGCAUCCGCAAGAAGGAGAAUGGAGCAUGCUAGGACUUGGCUAGAUAUAAGUGGUAAAACUGAGGUUUUAAUAUGGAAUGAUAAAGAAGAAAUAAUGGAGGGUUCAAUUACAAAUAUCGCCAUAUUAAAUAAAGAUGGGGAAUUAGUGACACCGCCAUUAUCAAGUGGAUGUUUAUGUGGAACUAUGAGAUACUAUUUGAUGAGGAAGAAAUUAAUUAAAGCAGAAACAAUAGAAAAAAACUUUUUGUAUGAAAACCAACCCAUUCUGAUUUUCAACGAUGUCAUGGGAGUUAUCAAAGGGCGAAUAAGGUUCAUGCCAAAAGUUUAA